AUGAUGCCUUUAUUUGUUUCACUGUUCCAUUGGUUUCACCAGCACUCCCUUUUGAUCAACUCCUUCCUCCUCUCCUCGUUGCUCUUCUUCUUGUUGUCGUUCUUCUUAGGCCAAAACAAAGUUAUGCAAUCAGAGAGGAAGAAGCUGACCUCGCUUCCCACGCCACCGAGGCUUCCUGUCCUCGGCAACCUCCACCAGCUUAGCUCGCUUGCGCAUCGCUCCUUGCGAUCACUCUCCGAGAAGUACGGCCCUCUGAUGCUCAUGUACUUUGGAUGCGUCCCCACCGUAAUUGUCUCCUCAGCUGAAGCAGCUCAGGAGGUCAUGAAGACGCGUGAUCUCGCCUUUGCAAGCAGGCCAAAUUCGAGCAUGGCUGACGGGCUUUUUUACAAUUCCCGCGAUAUCGCCUUCUCACCCUAUGGUGAGUAUUGGCGGCAAGUGAAGCGAAUUUGCGUCCUCCACCUUCUCAGCCUCAAAAGGGUGCAGUCGUUUCGCUCUGUCAGAGAAGAGGAAGUGGCGCUAAUGAUCGAUAAUAUUCGCUGCGCCGCCUCCAACAUGCAACCUGUGAACCUUGGCAAGUUGUUAUCCACCUUAACCGGUGACAUAGUCUGCAGAGUAGCUUUCGGGAGGAAGUACUCUGAGCAGGAGGAUAGCAGUAAUAUGUUCCGAGAAAUGAUGGGGGAGUUGGCAGAAUUGCUAGGAACGUUUCCAGUGGGGGACUUUAUUCCGUGGCUGCGCUGGGUUGAUUGGUUGAGAGGACUGGAUGCUAGGGUGAGAAACACCUCCAAACAAAUAGAUUGUUUCAUCGAGAAAAUAAUAAAGGAUCAUCUGCGUGUUAAGAAUGACGGAAAUGAUGAUCGCAGGGACAUCUGCGACUUUGUCGAUGUUCUGCUUUCCCUCGACAAGGAUAAAGAUGACGGUAUGGGCAUUUCCCUCGGCAAGGACAGUAUCAAGGCUCUAAUUUUGGAUAUGUUUGCUGCUGGCACCGACACGACAUACGCGGUGACGGAAUGGGCAAUGGCAGAGCUUGUCAGGCACCCGAAAGAUAUGAAAAGAGUGCAAGAUGAAGUAAGAAAGGUGGUUGGAUUGAAAGAGAAGAUAGGAGAGAAAUUGCUGGAUGAGAUGAACUACUUGAAGGCGGUGAUUAAAGAGGUUUUAAGGUUGCAUCCACCAGUUCCUUUACUAGUUCCCCGGCAAUCAAUCGAAGAGACCAAGCUGCAGGGCUAUGACGUUCCAGCAGGGACUAGAGUCAUGAUCAAUGCUUGGGCAAUUGCAAGGGAUCCCAGAUCAUGGGAGAGGGCCGAGGAAUUUUGGCCUGAUAGAUUUAUGAACAGUUCUGUUGAUUUCAGAGGGCAGGACUUCAAAUUUAUACCAUUUGGUGCUGGCCGGAGGGGUUGUCCGGGCAUUGGCUUUGCGAUCCCCACCAUCGAGCUUUCUCUUGCCAAUUUGUUGCAUCAUUUUGAUUGGGAGUUGCCUGAUAAGAUGAAAGAGUCGUCCCUGGAUAUGAGUGAAUCAGCUGGAAUGGCUUCACAUAAGAAAGUAAAUCUGUUUCUUUUGGCAAAACCCCGAGUUCUUUGAGCCAGAACAAAUUACUCCGCUGCAUACUUUCCUUUGGCAGUCUACUAGCUAUGUUUGAUCCGCAUGGAUCGUCUGCUGUGCACCGCACCUCCGCUGCAUACUUUCUUUUGACAGUCUACUAGCUAUGUUUGAUCCGCAUGAAUCGUCUGCUGUGCACCGUACAGUACAAUGCACAGCAUAUACCGUCAAUCACGCGAUGGACGGCCGCACACAGUCAAGCACAACAAGCAUGCAUCUAUGCAUGACCGUCCAUCUUGCAAUAGAGAACCCAUGCUCCUGUUUGAUUCUAAAAUAAUGGACGCCAUAAUUAUCAUGUUCUAUAUAUAUAAAAAAAAAGUAAUCGCCUAUCAUGCAUGUGUGAUACGUUACAUUGAGAGAUAUAUCUUAUCAAAUUUGUAUUGUUUUUGAAAUAUAAAAUUUUGUUCUUACCAGCUUAGAUGGAGGCUCAACUAUCGCCGUAUCACUUUGAUUGUGGUGUGCAUCAAAUCCUCUGGAGAUGGAUAGAGCGUCACAGAAUUGAAAAAGUUACUCGAUCCAAAAGAAAAUACCUAGAUUGAAUAGCAUACAACAAAGUUAUGGUGUUUGGAAAUUUAAACGAGCAAGUCAGCUUUUUGAUGCAAUAGUUGUUGCUCUUGGAUGCUAACCUACUUGAGGUGGCUUGGUCCGCAGUGCAUUUAUUAAUGAUUCUUUUAGGACAUAUAAGUUGGCGUCACAAAGAUGAAAAGACCUCU